CUUUCAAAACACAAGUGAAGUUUCCUGCUUUUCUAGUGCUCCAAUACAAAAGUUUGUAUUAAUUCUUUGUUUUUUCAAACUUUUCUGAACCAAAACCCAUGGCUGCAGCUCUUAAACUUGUUUGUGCUUUAUUGUUGUGCAUGUUGGUGGUUGAACCCAUGGCAACAACUGCCAUAUCAUGCGGAUAUGUGGCAAAACAAAUAAGUGGAUGCAUAAAAUACUUGCAGAAUGGAGGAUUCCUGCCACCAAAUUGCUGCAUGGGGAUUAGGGCCCUGAACAACGGGGCUAAAACCACCCGAGACCGCCGAAGUGUUUGCAGGUGCCUUCAAAAUGCGGCUAGGACUAUCCCUGGUAUCAAACGUAACUUGGCCGUGGGCCUUCCAAAGAAAUGCGGUGUCAAGAUUCCUUACAAGAUAAGCCCCUCCACUAACUGCAACCGUGUGAAGUGAGAUGGGGAUGAAGUAAGGGUUUUCAACAGCUUUUGGUAGGUAUCUAGAAAGCGUGAAUAAAGAUUUUGGCAUGAUUCCAAAAUACAAAUCAGUCUCCACUUUGGUUUGGCGAAGGCUCCUUAUAAUUUGUUUUGUCUUUUUGAGUUUUAGCUCUAAUUAUGUCAACUAUGUAUCGGCUGUUAAACACCAAGUGUUAAAAGUUUAUGCUUUGUCCACUUGAUCAGAUCGCUUGAUUCUAUAUUUGGCGUUGCUUUCUUUUCUACCCAGCAGAUCAGUAGGAGCGCUCAAAAUUCGAUUUUAAUCGA